AAGUUGUUCCAGUGAGCUUCUACUUCAAGCAUUUAAUCCGCUAUGCCGGGGAUCUACUACCGUAACUCUUGCGAUCGGCGUCCCUAGCUCGUGAAUUCGAUCCAUUGAUCUUGGAGGAGUGCAAAAAAUAUGAAGAUAAAUAGUUUACAGUCAUGCUGUGUUCUCUGUCCUCCUCCAGUGUCGUCACGCCAAAGUGUUAUUGCCAAACAUGCGUUCUCAAUUUCUGUGUGUUCUUGCCUGCCUUACACUCUCCUCAGCCUUGCCUGCCCAAGAACUUGGACGGGAUGCAGCCCCAGAGCUGAGAGGAAAACGCUCUUUCGUCAAACGUGAUGGUGUAGACCAUACCAUUUUUGAGCAUGAAGCAACAGGUGCCACAAUAGAUUUUGUCACAAACUCGGGUAUUUGCGAGACAACUCCAGGUGUGAACCAAUACUCUGGAUACCUCUCCGUUGGCAGCAAUGAGAAUAUGUGGUUUUGGUUCUUUGAGGCACGAAAUAAUCCGACAACGGCGCCGCUUGCAACUUGGUUUAAUGGAGGACCAGGCUGCUCGUCUAUGAUUGGGCUGUUCCAGGAAAAUGGCCCAUGCCACUUCGUGAACGGAGCAUCAACCCCUUCACUCAAUCCAUACAGCUUCAACGAGUAUGCGAAUAUGCUCUACAUCGAUCAGCCUAUUGGGACAGGCUUUUCCUACGGCACAGAUCCCGUGACUUCCACUGUUACAGCUGCUCCUUAUGUCUGGAAUCUGCUUCAAGCCUUCUUCGCACAAUUCCCACAAUACGAGAAUCGCGACUUUGGUAUCUUCACCGAAUCAUAUGGUGGACACUAUGGACCUGAAUUUGCAUCCUACUUCGAAGCUCAAAACGCAGCAAUAGCAAAGGGAACCCUAACCGGCCAGAACGUCUCCCUCGUCGCCCUCGGAAUUAACAACGGCUGGUAUGACCCAAUAAUUCAAUACAAAGCCUACGUAGACUUCAGCUACAACAACACCUACACGCCCCUCAUCUCCGCCUCGCAACACACUUCAUACCUAAACACAUACACCCAAUCCUGUCUCCCCGCACUGAAAAAAUGUAGCACAGUAACAGGAAGCAACUCGGCUUGCGAAACAGCGGAUAAUACUUGCUACAACGAUAUCGAAGGCCCGCUUUCUCAAGUGGCUGAUUUCGACGUCUAUGACAUCCGUGAGCCGAGUGCAGAUCCAUACCCACCAGAGACAUACGUCAGCUAUCUACAGAGCUCAGCAGUCAUGAGCGCCAUUGGCGCCAAGAGCACAUAUGCCGAGUGCCCAGAUGCACCGUACGAGAAGUUUGCUGCAAGUGGAGACGACGCACGCUCCUUCUUCGCAACGCUAUCCACCGUCGUCCAGUCAGGGAUCACAACCCUCAUCUGGGCAGGCGACGCAGACUGGAUCUGCAACUGGUUCGGCGGCCUUGCGGCUGCGAACGCGAUUGUGUACAGUGGGCAGACCGCGUUCCAGAGUAAGGCGGUGAGUAGUUAUACGGUUAGUGGAACAAGUGCCGGGACGUUUAAGAGUGUGGGCAAUUUGAGCUGGUUGAGGGUUUUUGGGGCGGGUCAUGAGGUGCCUUAUUAUCAGCCCGCGGCGGCAUUGCAGGCCUUCAAGCAGACGAUGAUGAAACAGGCGAUAUCCUCCACCUGACCGGUGGGAAAUAUGUGGCAAGGAGGGGAGAGGUUGAUAAGUGCCAUGAGUAUAGUGGGACACCGCCACACCGGAAGUUCUUAAUACCACUAACUCUCUGUAACCACACUCAAUCCACAUACACAAUAACUUC